AGCAACCUGAAGAUCAUUGAAUUUUGGAUCCUUUGGAUCGCAAGACCUCUUUAGAAGCUAUUUGAGAGCAGGUUGGUUCCUUGAAGCCCAAUCGUCACGGCAUCGCGACACCGACGAACUGAAUCUUGGAAGAGACUCAGCUGUAUGUUGAUUGGAUUUGUAAGCUUAUUGAUUUAGCUGAGCUAACAGCAUCCCUUUGUAGAAGCGAUCACCAAGUUCCUCGAGACGAAAACCCAACGAACGCGACCGCGGCGCAAACCGAUCGCCACGAGCACCUCUCACCUCCGGACAACUCCUCUACCGUCAGACCGCCCCCUAGAGCCGCAUCCAAGACGCCUCAUCAUGUCCUUCUUCCGCAUUACCCUCCACCGCUCCGCCAUCGGCCUGCCCAAGAGCACCCGCGGCGUCCUCGAGGCCCUCGGCCUGCGCCGCCGCUCCCAGACCGUCUUCCACCCCGUCAGCCCCCAGUUCGCCGGUAUGAUCCUUAAGGUCAAGGAGCUCGUACGCGUCGAGGAGGUCGACCGCGCCAUGACCCAGCCCGAGCUGCGCGAGCUGCGGAGGCCGGACCCCGGGUUCUACGUCGAGAAGGCCGUUGCACGGUGAAGUUUGCCAUUAGAGGGCUUUGCGAGGCGAAAGGGGGAGAACAAUUCGAAAUUGAGAAGGUGGAAACGGACAGAAAUGGUGUAUGGACACGCAUCGGCAUUCAUAUAGGAGAGAGGGGGUUGUCUUUUAGCAUUGGAAAGCCCCGUGACGGACUGGGGAGGAAAAGGUCGAUUACCUAUACCAUCACCACGAAAACAAAACUUGUACAAAAUCAUGGCAGAAUGUACGACGGCGUACGCAAGCAAGGCUGUUUGCGCGGAAUAAAAUAAAAGCUCACUCAACGUCGACGGAUUCAAGCCCGUGAUAAGCAGUUUUGUCGGCCUUGAGGCCGCUGGUUGUGUUGAUAACAGCCUGCCUAGGCGCGGAGCCGCGAAGGAUGGCCAUGUAAGAGGUGUAAAGAAUCGUGACCAACGCCCUCGCCGGUCCCAAGUGGAAAUAUACCGUG